CAUUUAAUAAUUGAUGAAAUAAACCCACUUUAAGAAUCUUUCCCUCUUGGUCCUAGUUCUGUAUGGUCUUAACUACGCAGUUGACUUGCUCACUACAUAAUUUCAAAACAUAUAUUAUCUGAAACUCCUAGUCUUGUUGAUAAUCGUUAAGAAACUCUUAGAGUUGCCAAUCUCUAGAUAUGUAUCGUAAAUCACUGGAUAUGUAAUGAAUCUCUACAUUCCCAAGAUUAUGAGAAUGCCUAUUUACACAAUAUUCAGCGAAAUCUAUAAAGUAAGACGUCAAGACAUGAUUCACCCAUUGAACUAUUACGAAACAUUCAAUAAAUUCUUUACUAGACAAAUCAAACCAAGAAAAAUAGAAUAUGGAAUGGUCAGUCCUGCUGAUUCAAAGAUCUUAUCCAUAAGCAAAGUCACAAAGAAUGAAUGUUUACUAGUUAAAAGGGUUACAUACCAAAUUGGAUAAUUUUUAACGGGCAUCAAGGGAUAUGAGAUGGAAUUCAAGAAAAAAUAGGAGUCAUCAAAUCUAUGGUCUUGUAUCUUUUAUCUUGCUCCGGGAGACUAUCAUCGUUACCAUUGUCCAGUAGAUUUCAUCGCAAGAAGUAGGUUGCACAUUCCAGGAAAAUUAGCACCUGUUAAGGAAAGCAGUCUUAGAUAAGGAUUAUAUGAAGGUAAUGAAAGAGUGGUUCUUGAAGGAGAGUGGGAAUAAGGAUUGAUGUAUAUUAUAUUCAUUGGGGCAACUAAUGUUGGCUCAAUGAAGGUUAAUUUCGAUUCAGAUUUGAUUACUAAUACUAACACAUAACAUAAAAGUGGAUAUAGAAAUUACUCUAAUCUUCCUGUUAAUGCUCCAUAUUAAUCGUGUGGGAAAGGAGUGCAUAUUAAGAAGGGUUAAGAGAUUGGAAGAUUUGAGAUGGGAUCUACAGUUGUAAUAAUUUUUGAAAGUACAUCUAUUAAUUGGAAUGCGAAGGCUUAGUAAAAAGUCUAUUUUGGGCAAUCCGUUGCUACCUAUUGACAUACAUAAAUGUAUUAAGUUCAUUAUUAUAAUAAAUCUUCAAUA